GAUAGGAACUAACACGGCAUUAUUUAGCAUAGCAAAAUUAUUCUCUUCCUUCUUCAUUUCUCUGGGUGUCGUACCAUAGUAGUAUAAAUAUAGUUGUGAUUGUUAUAUAGUGGUAGAUGGUCAGAAAGAGUUGAAAAAAAUGGAGGAAGUGAAGGAGAAUCUGUACGCGUUGCCAUUGAGAAUGUUGGAAGAAAGUAGCGGCAGUUCUUCUUCUUCUUCAUCGGACCCAGUAGAUGCGGUUAUCUUUGUUGGGAUUUCGUUGGUGUUGGGAAUUGCUUCAAGACAUCUUCUCCGCGGUACCAGAGUUCCUUACACUGUUGCUUUGCUCAUCAUUGGCAUUGGCCUUGGCUCUCUCGAAUAUGGUACAAGCCAUAAAUUAGGAAAAAUUGGUGAUGGCAUUCGUCUUUGGAACAGUAUUGAUCCGGACCUUCUAUUGGCUGUUUUUCUUCCUGCCUUACUUUUUGAGAGUGCAUUUUCUAUGGAAGUGCACCAGAUAAAGAGAUGUAUGGCACAAAUGCUUCUACUUGCUGGUCCAGGAGUUCUUAUUUCAACCUGCUGCCUUGGAUCUGCUCUGAAGCUCAUUUUUCCAUAUGAGUGGAAUUGGACAACAUCACUGUUGCUUGGAGGACUUCUGAGUGCUACUGAUCCUGUGGCUGUUGUGGCUUUGUUGAAGGAGCUUGGUGCAAGCAAGAAGCUGAGCACUAUAAUUGAAGGAGAAUCCUUGAUGAAUGAUGGGACAGCAAUUGUGGUCUAUCAGUUAUUCUAUAAAAUGGUCCUGGGGCAGAGCUUUAAUUGGGUGGCCAUUAUUGAAUUUCUGGCCAAAGUCUCACUUGGAGCUGUAGGCAUCGGUAUUGCUUUUGGGAUAGCAUCUGUAUUGUGGCUUAGAUUUAUUUUCAAUGAUACUGUGAUAGAGAUUGCGUUGACACUUGCUGUGAGCUACAUUGCUUACUUCACGGCUCAAGAAGGUGUUGAUGUUUCUGGUGUUUUGGCAGUGAUGACUUUAGGAAUGUUUUAUGCUGCUGUUGCAAAGACAGCCUUUAAGGCUGAUGGUCAGCAGAGCUUGCAUCACUUUUGGGAAAUGGUUGCUUAUAUUGCAAAUACAUUAAUUUUCAUCCUGAGUGGAGUUGUUAUAGCUGAAGGUGUUCUUGGCAAUGAUAAGAUAUUUCAGAACCACGGAUAUUCAUGGGGCUAUCUAAUUCUUCUGUACAUCUUUGUGCAAAUAUCACGUUGCAUUGUUGUUGGGGCAUUAUAUCCAUUUUUAAGAUAUUUUGGAUAUGGUUUGGAUUUAAAGGAAGCUGCCAUUCUAAUAUGGUCAGGGCUGCGAGGGGCUGUUGCAUUAUCACUUUCUCUAUCAGUUAAGCAUACCAGUGACAGCUCACUGAAUCUCAGUUCUGAAACAGGAAGCCUGUUUGUUUUCUUUACCGGUGGAAUUGUAUUCUUGACACUUACUGUCAAUGGAUCAACUACACAGUUCAUUUUACAUUUUCUUGACAUGGAUAAACUAUCAGCAGCCAAGAAGCGUAUAUUGGACUACACAAAGUAUGAAAUGUUGAACAAGGCCUUAGAGGCUUUUGAAGACCUCGGGGAUGAUGAGGAACUUGGACCUGCUGACUGGCCUACAGUAAAGAGAUACAUUGCAAGCUUGAACAAUUUGGAGGGGGACCGUGUGCAUCCUCAUAUUGCAUUGGACCCUACAAAUCUGAAGGAUAUAAGAAUACGGCUUUUAAAUGGUGUUCAGUCAGCUUACUGGGGGAUGCUUGAUGAAGGGAGAAUCACACAGAGUACUGCAAAUCUUUUGAUGCAAUCUGUGGAUGAAGCUAUUGAUGCUGCAUCUGAUGAACCUUUAUGUGAUUGGAAGGGCUUAAAAUCUAAUGUUCAUUUCCCAAAUUAUUACAAGUUUAUCCAGACAAGCAUGUUCCCACAAAAAUUAGUUACAUAUUUCACUGUGGAAAGGCUGGAAUCUGCAUGCUGUGUUUGUGCUGCAUUUCUUCGAGCUCACAGAAUUGCACGGCGGCAACUUCAUGACUUUAUAGGUGACAGUCCUAUUGCUUCUGUUGUAAUUACUGAAAGUGAGGCUGAAGGCGAAGAGGCAAGAAAGUUCUUGGAAGAUGUCCAUAUAACUUUCCCUCAGGUUUUGCGUGUUGUUAAAACAAGACAAGUGACAUACUCGGUACUAAACCACUUGAUUGAUUAUAUACAAAACCUUGAGAAGGUUGGGUUACUGGAGGAAAAAGAGAUGCUUCAUCUUCAUGAUGCUGUCCAGACUGACUUGAAGAAGCUUUUAAGGAAUCCUCCCUUAGUGAAGAUUCCAAAAAUAACUGAUCUAAUAAGUGUCCAUCCUUUAUUAGGGGCCCUUCCUUCUACUGCCCGCAAGCCACUAGAAGCUUCUACGAAAGAAACAAUGAAAACACGUGGUGUGACACUUUACAAAGAGGGCUCCAAACCAAAGGGUAUUUGGCUUAUAUCAAAUGGAGUUGUCAAGUGGACCAGUAAAACCAUAAGGAACAAGCACUCACUGCAUCCUACCUUUACUCAUGGGAGUACAUUGGGCUUGUAUGAAGUAUUAAUUGGAAAGCCACACAUGUGUGACAUGAUAACAGAUUCUGUGGUUCUCUGUUUUUUUAUUGAAAGUGACAGAAUACUUUCAUUGCUAAGGUCAGAUCCUGCAGUAGAAGAUUUUUUGUGGCAGGAAAGUGCUAUUGUCCUUGCCAAACUCAUGGUUCCUCAAAUAUUUGAGAAAAUGGGACUGCAAGAUUUGAGAGCUCUUAUAGCAGAAAGGUCAAUGAUGACAAUAUAUAUUAGAGGGGAAACGAUAGAAGUUCCUCACCAAUCCAUUGGCUUCUUGUUGGAAGGAUUCAUAAAACCUUUCAGUGUUCAAGAUGAACUCAUCACAUCACCUGCAGUUCUUUUGCCGUCACAUGGGAAUCAAAGUUUCCAAAAUGCAGAUACAUCAGCUUUAUAAUGCUUCAACCCACUUUGGUGAUAAAAUUAAGCUGGCAUCGUCCUAUUGGAGACAUUAACUACACCCCUUGGCCUAUACAUUCCUCUCCUCUGUCUCUUGCUUCCAAGUUUUGACUUCACACUUCCUAUCAUCCUACUGAUUUUACUUCCCACCCUACCAGAGCAUUCUGCACUUCAAGGUGUGUUCCAAUCCUCCCCUGUAGCACUCCUCCAUUCUACUUCACUCAUUUGCAAUGUAACCUCAUCCCACAUUCCUACUUGUUUUCCAAGCAAGCAGUAAGACAUGAGACCAACCUGUUCUAUAGCCAAAGUCGACACUACCUAUAGAAAUAAAAUUCAUGCCUAAAAAAAAUUUGACACCCAAAUGUUAUCCAGGCAGUGCACCUAAAUUCAUCUUCUUGGAACUCUUUAAGAAACAUUUUCUUAUCUAGAAUUUGUGUAGGAAUCCUGUUAUCACUCAUGAACUUCUGAACUGAUACUUCAGUUAAGUCUGGUAGGAAUAUUCUUGUCUAUCUAGCUAAUGCCUGAGUCUCCAUAUUCUUGCAUUUACUGUCACUGGACCAGCUAUUCUAGUUUUUACUUCUUACUCUUUACCUAUGAUACACAUUAAAAGGGGAAAAUGAGGAUGGCAGCAUUGGUUUUUUCUACGAAACUUCAACUUCUACUUAAAGGUUCAAUAGAAGAACUGUAAUAUAAUAUUUUGAAUGCCUGACCCUUGCCGUUGCUGACACAUUUCACUGGCUUAUCUUUACUUCAUGAUAAUUCCAAUCAAGAUCUAUGCAAAAAAUCAUAAAACUAGGAUAAGUUUUUGUUAAACAGAAACAGAUUUGGUAUUGGUCACAAUUUGAAAGACAUCUCUCACUUUGUAUUGAUGUAUUUUUAAGUAAGUGUUAAUUCUCAUAAUCAAUUGUUAUAUAAAAGAUGCUGAAAAUGUUAGUGGACGAUUGUUAGAGAAUAUUUUUGCUGAUCAUUGGAAGUUUAAAAGAUUAGUGCCUACCAACUUUAGUUAUAGUUAGUUCUCAAAGGCUUUUGGUCCGCUGUUCCAUAGAGCAUAUUUGGGAUUGUGAGGAAUAUUAAUUAUCAUUUUUCUAGGUUAAUUUGGCAGCUUUUUAUGAAAACAGUUGAUGAAUUAAUAACAAACUUGUAAUAAAAUAUUAGAAACUGGUAUAAUGAGCUAUGGCAACUACAGAUUCUAAAAUUUAAGAGAUCCAUUUUGAGUUUUUUGAUAAAAUAAUGAACUGCACAGAGAUUUGAUUCUGGAGAAAUGGAAGUAUGCUGUUGACUUGUGCUUAAAAAUAUGGCCUAAGUUGAAUCAUCUAAUUCACCUUUAACAUGUACUAGAUUUAGUGAUGGAAAUUGUAAUUAGAUUCACAACUAAUAACCCCCGCUGUGAAAUUAAUAGGGCCAAAUGGAACUUAAUUGCAGUUUCAUAAAUUUAAGUAUUCUAUACUCCUUUUUGCAGU